GAUGAGAAUACUGGACCAUCUCCAGUGGCGUUGCGCAUACAAAGACUAAGUGUCACCUUUAGGUGUAGUGUAAAAGAAUUUAUAUCUGUACAGCAUUUCUCACAACCUCAGCGCGACACCAAUACGCUUUACAGCCGAUGAAUUGCUUUCGAAGUGUGGGCACUCCUGUAACGUAGGGGAAUUCAGCAGUCACAUAUCACACAGUAAGAUCCCACAAACAGCAACGAGAUAAAUGAUUCAUUGUUUUAGUGAUGUUAUUUGAUGGAUAAAUAUUGGAGAGGAUUCUUUUUCCUGCUUUUCUUUGAAAUAGUGCCUCUGGGUCUUUUACACCCACUUAGAGGGCAGACGAGGUCUUGGGCUAAGCAAAGCACAACUCUGGAGCACUUCUUCAGUACAGUACAGAAUUGUGAGUUUGCAUUAUGUGAUCUUCUGACAUUGGAGUUCUUGACAGGGAAGAUGUGUGAAGACAACAAGCUGCCUCACCACGCCUGGAUAGGAAACCCAGACCAUGGGUUGCUGCUCCUGGAAGAGCUUCAAUGGAUCCUCGCUGAUUCAAAGACUCUGGGCAAUCCUGGAGGGUUGACAAUUCUGGAACUGGAGGGCAGUUGGGUCCACGGGACUCACCUCAGCAAUGAAACAACUUCAGGACAAGAGAGGAAGACAAAUAAAACUGAAAGUGUCUUAAGAAUUCUAUACCAAUUUUGUUUUGGCUUAUGAAAAAAUUCAAUUACCUGUUAAUAUUUCCCCGUGUUAGCCAGUUGCGGUUAAGGUUUGUGCUCCGGAACAUUUGUUGUGUGCACAUUGUAGCCGGUGGGACACUGAUCACUGUCGGAUCAAAUAUGGCAGCGGCCGGUAGCAAUGGUGAUUUUCCAUCGCCCAACAACAAAAAUGUGGCUGAGACUCCACAGAAAGUGCGGCAACUACUAUCUGACAGCAUCGCGGAGAUUGAUCAGACAAGUUCUAUCUCUGAAUCACCUGAUGGCAGUGAUUUACCCAGAUCGCCAGUUCCCUGUGACUCUGCUAAUAAAGAAGCUUUCUUCUCACGGGUUGAAACUUUCACGUCAUUCAAGUGGGCUGGGAUAUGCUUUGAACUCUCCCCAUUGCAGUGCGCCAAAUACGGUUGGACCAACAUAGAGUGUGACAUGUUGAAGUGUUGCAGUUGUCAGGCAUUCCUGUGCACCACUGUGCAUCCAACCUUGGAUGCCAAUAAAUAUAGAGAGCGGGUUGCUGGACUGCAGGAAGGAUUGAAAACAGCACAUGAGAAGUUCUGCUUUUGGCCUGACAGUCCCUGUCCAGAUCGGUUCUGGGCUUUACCUUUGAACGAACCGGCAGCCCUCCUGCAUGGGGUGACGGAGCGGUUCAAGAGUCUUUGCUCCCUGGAGUCCCAGUUACCGGCCAUCAAACAUGAUGAUCUCAAAGACAUGACUGUCACGGAGGAAACCAUCAGCUCGCUGUUGCAGUUGGUAGAAGAUGAAUUGAAGUGUGCCACUGUGCCAGACAGCCUUGGACUGAAAAUCAGUGCUGAUGUCCUCCCUGUCCACCUUUCUGCAUGUAUCCUCGCUCUGUCUGGCUGGGCUGCUGGUUCUUCCUCGGAAUUUCUCCACCUGCCGGUUAUCACCUGCUCCUAUUGCAUGCGGAAGGUGGGUCUGUGGAGCUUUCAGCAGAUUGAUGGCGUUUGCCCGGCCAGUGAACCUGACAUUCCCACCUGCAGUAUCUCCCCACAAGAAAACAAGCCAGAAAGGUCGACGCCAACUCCGCCUGCAACGUCUCCUCACAGGAUGAUCACUCGAAGCCAGGAUGCUGCCCAGUCACAGAGCAGCGAGCAGCAUGAAACCAGCCCUUCGCCCAUUGGGUCUCGCACACGAAGUCGAGAUGUCCACAGUCCCACUCCAGUUGAUCGAGGCGAGUCGGACUCUGUCAGUUCACAUUUGCGAAACAAGCGACCAGUGACCCGAAGCAUGGGUCAAGGAGACAUACCUUCCAGCCCACAGCGGAAGCCCAAGCGAAUGCGUUUGCCCUCGUCCACCAGCUCUGAUAGUACUCGGGGAUACUUUAACCCUGUCUCCCAGCACAGGGAUUGGUGUCCGUGGAUUAGGAGGAAGCUGAAACUAGAAGAUAAGCCACUCAACCCAGAGCCAGGAGAGCAGACCUCAGCGCCUGAGAUGACAGAGCUAGGGUGGAAGGAGGCACUUGAGGUCCUCUUGUCACUGAACAGCUCCCGGACCCCAAAUGAGGGCUCGGACAGUGUUUCUCUUUCAGAAAAGUCCAGCAAGGUAUUCCGAAUAUUCCGACAGUGGCAAGUCCCGUGUUCCUCAUAGUGUGAGUCAUUCCUUUGAAGGGGAAUGGCGAUGUAGCUGGUGUUGGAUUAAAUUGGCAUUGGUUAUGAUGGCUGAGACAGAUUUUGAACCUCUUCAUACCAGCAAGUGAUAGUCUGGAGUGACUGACAGAUUAUAUUUUUUCAAAAGUCUACAGAUGUCUUUUAAAUGUAGCAAAGUAUACAAAGAAUGGAGCUGGUCUAUGUUUAGCCCAUUCUGUAACUUGGUGGAACCCAUGAGGAGGAACUACCAUUACUGUGCUUCAGAGAUGUGCAUUUAACAUACGUUAAAACAUCACAAAGGCUUUGGACAAAUGUGAAUAAAAUGUUUUGAUAGUU